CAUGAGGGGAGGAUGGCUCAGGGAGAGGAGGAGAGAGGAGAUCUGUGCAGCUCGCAGCUCCUCCAUCCGGUCCUGAGUCACAUGUCCUCAUCGCUGCUACCGCUGCUGCUACUGCUACUGCAGUCCAGAUUUCCUGGACUGCACAGCCACCACUGUGGGAAGUGUCGUUGAUGCAGCUCUAAGGGAAGUACACCUUAGGUAUCCCCACCAGUCUGCCAUGCUGAUUACAUGGUGGUAUUUAUACCUAGCAGCUCGGAGCGUCGCCGAACAAACACUGAGGAUGGCUUCAGUCCUGCAAAAGCUGAUCACCCCACUGUUCACCGGUACUCCCGAGCCCCCCAGGAACAAAGUGACAGUCGUGGGUGUGGGUCAGGUCGGCAUGGCCUGUGCUGUCAGUAUCCUGCUGAGGGAGCUGGCUGAUGAGCUGGCCCUGGUGGAUGUGGUGGAGGACAAGCUGAAGGGAGAGAUGAUGGACCUGCAGCACGGCAGCCUUUUCCUCAAGACCCCCAAAAUAGUCGCAGACAAAGAUUACUCAGUUACAGCAAACUCUCGCAUCGUUGUCGUCACAGCCGGAGUCCGUCAGCAGGAGGGGGAGAGUAGGCUGAACCUCGUACAGAGAAACGUCAACAUAUUCAAGCACAUCAUCCCUCAGAUUAUUGCAAUAUUUAUUUUAAAUACCGCUGAAAUGGUUUUAACAGUCGACGUUCUGACCUACGUGACCUGGAAACUGAGCGGCCUUCCGAAGCACCGCGUCAUCGGCAGCGGCACCAACUUGGACUCGGCCCGCUUCCGCUUCCUGAUGGCGGACAAGCUUGGUAUCCACUCCAGUAGCUUCAACGGGUGGAUCCUGGGAGAACACGGAGACACCAGUGUGCCUGUAUGGAGCGGGACGAAUGUGGCCGGAGUCAACCUGCAGACACUGAACCCCAACAUCGGCACAGACUUUGAUGAAGAGAACUGGAAAGAAACUCAUAAGAUGGUGGUGGAUAGCGCGUAUGAGGUGAUCAAGCUGAAGGGUUACACCAACUGGGCCAUCGGUCUGAGUGUGGCCGACUUGACCGAGAGCCUCAUGAGGAACAUGAACAGAAUCCAUCCGGUCUCCACCAUGGUGCAGGGCAUGUACGGGAUCAGCGACGAGGUGUACCUGAGUCUGCCCUGCGUGCUGAACAGCGGCGGUGUGGCCAGUGUGGUCAACAUGACCCUGACAGAUGAAGAGGUGGCCCAGCUGCAGGCCAGCGCCAACACGCUGUGGGACAUCCAGAGGGACCUGCGGGACAUCUAACCCACCACGAGGGGGCGAUGCAGAGACAUCUCCUCGGUUGCUCUUCACUCUGCAGUCACUGAAAACCAUUCAGUUCCACUCGCUGCGCCUCACUCACUGCUUUCCUGUAGAUCCGUAUCAUAUUUAGCCAUAGGUGUCAUUUUGAGCAUUGUUAAAUGUUCGUGCGGAGAUCGAAGGUGGUAAAAACGCAGGGAAAUGUUUUGACACACAAAGUGUUGCUUUGAUACAAAAUAAAGGUUUACUGGGG